AUGAACCGUCAGGUCGCCUUCAGCACUCGGAUUCAACCAUUCACGGGCGACCCCUUGAAUUUCAACUUCUUCAUAAAGCAAGUCGAAGACGUUAUUGAGCGAAACCUGAAUGAUCCCAAGACUCGUCUGAAUCGCUUAUUGGAAGUUGUUCAAGAUCACCCCAAGGCCCUUAUUGAAGGCUGCGUGUUCGCUCCCGAACAAAUAUGUUAUGACAAAGCCAAGGCCCUCCUGACUGAACGAUAUGGCAAUGUGCUUCGUGUGGCCAAUAGGUUCAUGGAGGAACUUCGAAGGUGGCCUCCAAUUAAAGACAAUAGCACUGACAACCUCAGUGACUUUCAUCGAGCUCUCGUUCGUUGUUCGAGUGUGGUGAGUGAAACCGAGUUGGAUUCACCAAGAUUCAUUGGAGAUCUCGUUCCCAAACUUCCUUACACUCUUAGAAAUCAAUGGAGGAUGGUGGUGUUCCAAAUUAGGCAAUAUGGAAGAGGAUCCGAGAGCUUCGUUCAGUUUAUCGAGUUUGUCCGUGGUGUCCUGGAUCGAGCAGAGGAUCCCAUCUAUGGAGAAGCAGCCAUUAAGGCCUCGUCUAGCUAUGUUCAGUCCAGACAAGAGAGAGAAGAUUCGUCGAAGAAGACUAAUCCAUCCAGAAGAUUGACUAGUUUGGCAGUUUCGACCCGUUCAGACACGCAACCGACUCCUUGCCUCGAAUGUGAUGGAAGCCAUGAUGUGGAAGAGUGUUCUAAAUAUUUAGCCAAGAGUAUGGAAGCCAAACAGAAUUUGAUCAGGAAAAUGGGUGCUUGUUUUGGAUGUUUGAGACGAGGCCAUAUGUCCAGACAGUGUCCCAAGAAACGCAUUUGUCAAGUUUGCGAAAAUUUGCACCCGACUUCUCUCCACAAGAAAAGGCCUGAAGGUGAAUUGGCAUCCAAAAUUGUGACUACCAGAGCUGUAGGUCUUAGUGAGGCAGUAGUUGCAAUGAAUGUGGUGAAGGUUGAGGUGUCUGAGGAAACUUGCCCUUCUAAAGUCGUAGAGGGUUUAGCCUUAUUAGAUCCUCUAAGCUCCGGUACCUUCGCCACAACACAUCUUCAGAGAGAGUUGGGAAUUAGCGGACCAACCACAAAGAUCGAAAUCCACACAAUAAAUGGAAAAGAAGAUGUACAAACAACCGUCCUGAGUGGAAUUAAUGUUCAGAAACCUGGCACGAGUAACAAAGUUGGUCUGAAGUCCGUGUUAACAAGAGACACUAUACCUCUUCAAUCCAAUGAGAUUGCCACGCCUGAUCAAUUGAAGAAUUGGCCAGCUUUUGGGCCAAUUCUGGACGAGAUUGGCCAAGUAAACCCCGAUCUCCCUGUUCUACUGCUCAUCGGAGCCAAUACUCCUGAGGCUCUAAGACCUCUUGAUGUUAUCAUCGGUGACAAGGGAGAUCCUCUCUCUCCUUAUGCAAUACGGACCAAAUUAGGUUGGUCAGUUAUGGGCCCUUUGGGAGUCAAGAACGAUCGUUGCAAGAUUUCAUGUUACCGAACAAUGACACUCCCAGAUCGAAUUGUUGGGAGAGAAAUUAUAAAGGAUUUGGGCGUUGCUGAAAUGUUGUCAAGCUUGAUUGAAAUGGACUUUGCGACCACAAAAAUGUCCCCUUCAAUGGUCCAUGCGGGAAUUUUGGACACAAUUUCAGCCGACGACUUGAAAUUUAUGGAGAUCCUUGAACACGGCACUAAGUACGAAGAUGGAAGAUAUGUGGUUCCCUUGCCAUUCAAAAAUCAUCCACUGAUCUUGCCAGAAAGCCAUGACUCUGUUUUGAGGCAAGCCAAAGGAAUUGUGAAAAAAAUGAAAAGGAAUGAAGAACUCCAAAAGGACUACUUUCGGUUUAUGGGAGAGUUAUUCGAACAGGGUUAUGCUCGUGAAGUGACGCAAGAAAAGUUGGACCAAACUAGAACUGGGAGGUGCCACUAUAUUCCGCAUCACGCUGUGUACCAUAACCAGAAAAAGUCAAUUCGUGUCGUCUAUAAUUGUGCAAACAAGAUUGAGAACCGGUCUAUCAAUGACGAACUUCUGACAGGACCAGAUUUAACUAAUCAAUUAGUUGGCGUGUUGCUAAGGUUCCGAAAGGACAAGGUGGCCUUUACUGCGGAUAUUGAAAAGAUGUUCUAUCAAGUGAAAGUGCCCGAAAGUGAUAUGAACUACCUCAGAUUCUUUUGGUUCAGGAACAAUGACUUUCGGGAGAAAUUGGUCGAGUUCGAGAUGACACGCCAUUUGUUUGGUGGACGUAGCUCACCGGGUUGUGCAAACUAUGCACUGAAACGAACGGCGGUCGAUCACGGCCCCGAGUUUGGAGAGGACGCAAGUGAGACGGUGAACAGGAAUUUCUACGUUGAUGACUGCUUAAAGAGUUUACCCACCGUAUCCGAGGCCGUCGACGUAGCCGAGAGAGUUGUCAGGUUGUGUUCAAGGGGCGGAUUUCGGCUCAGAAAGUUCGUUUCUAACUCCAACGAGUUUUUGGAUUUAAUUCCUCAGGAACUGCGUGAUUUGUCCCCUCAAAUACUUGAUCUCAAAGCAGUGACCGUUUCGAGAGAAAGAGCUCUUGGAGUUGUCUGGAACGUCCAAGAUGAUACCUUUGGGUUCCAGAUCAAUGUGAAAGAAGCAAAGACCACUCAGAGGACCAUGCUUUCAAUGAUAGCGAGCAUUUACGAUCCAAUAGGGGCAGCUGCCCCCUUUCUCAUUAUAGGCCGAAUCCUUCUGCAGGAAACCUGUGCUAUUAAAAUUGGAUGGGACGGGAUGGUGCCUGGUGCUAUAGAGCAAAGGUGGAAGAAGUGGUUGAGUACUCUACCGGCCUUGAGUGAACUAAAAAUCCCGCGAGCGCUCAAGCCCCCUGGGCUAGGAGCAAUCCUUUCAGCCGAGCUGCACAGUUUUGGAGACGGUUCAAAAAGUGGUUAUGGUUCUGUGGCUUACUUACGACUUGAGGAUGAAUCUGGGAACAUAGCUGUCAGCCUGGUUGCUGGCAAGGCUCGUGUCGGCCCUAAUAAGCCUACCACGAUCCCAAGGAUGGAGUUAGUUGCUGCGGUUUUGUCGGCAACUUUGUCCGAACAAGUUAAGAGCGAAAUCGAUAUGGACCUGGAAGUGUUCUAUUGGACUGAUAGCACUGUCGUACUCGGAUAUGUGUUGAACCAAGAACGUCGGUUUCAUCUGUUUGUUGCAAACCGAGUGCAACGAAUCCUGUCAUUAACAUCGCGCAAAUCUUGGCGCUAUGUAGAUAGUGCCCAAAACCCAGCCGACGAUUGCACCCGCGGACUUGAUUGUUUGAAAAUCAAAAGUAAGCACCGUUGGUUUCAGGGUCCAAGCUUUUUACGAGGUCAAGAUUGCUUUUGGAGAGCUCCAAUAUUGACAGAAUAUCGUCUUGAUGAUGAUGAUCCUGAGCUCAAACGUGAAAUCACUGUUAGAGCCAUGAGUGUUAAGCCCAAGGACUUCCUCACGGUCAUGAUAGACAGGUAUUCGGAAUGGUACCGUCUCAAAAGGGCUGUGGCUGUGUGGCUUCAAUUUGUGACCUUUCUCAAAGCCAGAAAGAAUAAAGUGCAACCUAUAGUUUCUCUUAGUGUAGUUUGCCUUCAAGAGGCCGAACAAAUGCUCAUCAAGAAGGUGCAAAGAGCAGCCUUUGCUCAAGAAAUCGAAACUAUAAGAAAUCUGACAAUGCCAUGUACACGCACCAAAAAAAGACUUAUGGUCAAAGCUGGCAGUGCAUUAGCCAAGCUUUCUCCUUUCUUGGACGCACUUGGAGUUCUCCGGGUUGGAGGCCGGUUGAAUCGUUUGGUGAAUGAAAGCGUCAACCCUGUGAUUCUGCCAAAGAAAUCACGCCUCACUGAGUUGAUUGUGGUUAGCUUUCAUAACCAUGUUGCCCAUGCCGGUCGAGGCAUCACCAUGAAUGCGCUUCGGCAGGCUGGCUUUUGGAUCCUGGGCAUGAACUCUCAAGUGCGCGGUUUGAUUUCAAGGUGCUUUCGGUGUCGAUAUCUUCGGGGAAAGUCAGAACAACCUGUGAUGGCAGACUUGCCGGUGGACCGUCUGAAAGCUGCCCCUCCCUUUACAUUUGUGGGAGACGAUUUUUUUGGACCCUUUGUGCUUAAAAAUAAGAGGAAGGACGAAAAACGGUAUGGAGUUUUGUUCACGUGCUUUAGUUCCAGAGCCAUUCAUCUGGAAGUAGCUCAGUCUUUGGAUACGUCAUCUUACAUUGGCGCUCUGAGAAGAAUGAUAUCACGCCGUGAUCCGAUCCGGUUGCUAAGCUCAGACAAUGGACUGAACUUUGUGGGUGCCGAUCGAGAAAUGAAAGAAGCGUUGAAAGAGAUGGACGGUGAUGCCAUUUCAUCAUUUCUCAGGGCGAGAGGAGCGGAUUAUGAAGGUUGGAUACGGAAUCCUCACUCAGCUUCCAACUUUGGUGGAAUCUGGGAGCGCCAAAUUCGAUCCAUCCGUUCCAUUCUUGCCUCCCUAAUGAAAGAUCAUGGUCAUAUUCUGAGCGAUGAGACGUUUCACACGUUAAUUUGUGAAGUUGAGAACAUUGUCAAUUCACGACCGUUGACUGUAGAGUGUUUGAGUGACCCCACCAGUCCGAUUCCAUUGAACCCUUUGAUGAUGCUCACCCAAAAGACCAAUGUUGUCCUCCCCCCUCCGGGUCAGUUCCAAAAAAAUGACGUUUACUGCCGCCGCCAGUGGCGACGAACGCAAUUUUUAGCCGAGCAGUUCUGGACCAGAUUUCGUCACGAAUAUUUGGAAUCGCUCCAACCCCGAAAGAAAUGGGUUAAGGAUCGGGAAAACUUACAAGUGGGCGACAUUGUCCUCCUUAAAGAUGAAAACCAACCACGCAAUUUUUGGCGAUUAGCGAAAGUUGUCGAAACUUACCCGGACGCAAACGGCAUUGUCCGAAGUGUCAAGAUCAGGGUUGGAGAUCGAAGUGCUGGAAUAAGAAGUGAGUCAGUCAAUCCGGAGUAUCAUCGGCCUGUAAACAAACUGGUUUUGUUGAUGACCAAAGUGGACUUGGAAGACCAAAAGCGUGCCGAUGAAAAUCGAGCAGAUUGA